AGCAUGCCCGGUCCCCGGCACAGCAGUACAAGUGGAGCAGAACCUCACCUAGUACCUCUUCCGACUCAUGCACAGGUGGUCAUCUGUGGAGGUGGAAUCAUGGGCACGUCGGUGGCAUAUCAUCUCUCCAAACUAGGAUGGAAGGACAUUGUUUUGUUGGAGCAGGGCAGGCUGGCUGCUGGUUCCACCAGAUUCUGUGCAGGGAUCGUGAGCACCGCGCGGCACCUGCCCAUUGAACUGAAGAUGGCCGACUACUCGAAGAAGCUCUAUCAGCAGCUUGAGCAAGAGACGGGCAUAAAGACUGGUUACGUGAGGACUGGCUCUAUCUCGCUGGCUCAGACGCAGGACCGGCUGAUCUCCCUGAAGCGCAUUGCCUCGCAGCUCAAGGUCGUGGGGAUCCCGUGCGAGGUCAUCCCCCCCAAGAGAGUUGCACAGCUUCACCCGCUUAUCAACAUCCACGACCUGGUGGGGGCCAUGCAUGUGCCGGAGGAUGCCGUUGUGUCGUCUGCAGACGUGAGCCUCGCUUUGGCACGUGCUGCCUCUGCAAACGGUGUCCAGAUCCAUGAGCGGACAAGCGUCAUCCAUGUUGUGGGCCAGAAGGGCUGUGUGGCUGGAGUGGGGACCGAUAGAGGAUCGAUUGAGUGCCAGUAUUUUGUUAACUGUGCUGGACAGUGGGCUUAUGAGCUGGGUCUUUCCAACGAGGAGCCGGUCAGCAUCCCACUGCACGCCUGCGAGCACUUCUACAUCUUGACGCGCCCCUUGAAGACACCCUUAGAGAGCAACAUGCCAACUAUUGUGGACCCUGAUGGGAGGAUUUACAUUCGCAGCUGGCAGGGGGGCAUCCUCUCGGGGGGCUUUGAGAAGAACCCCAAGCCCAUCUUCACAGAGGGCCGGAACCAGCUUGAGAUCCAGAAUUUACAAGAGGACUGGGACCAUUUUGAGCCCCUGCUGAGUGCCCUUCUUCGGAGGAUGCCAGGAUUGGAGGCCCUGGAGAUCGUCCAGCUGGUGAAUUGCCCCGAAUCCUUCACUCCGGACAUACGAUGCAUCAUGGGCGAGUCCCCGACUGUGCAGGGCUACUUUGUCCUGGCUGGGAUGAACUCUGCCGGCACGUCUUUUGGUGGGGGAGCAGGCAAGUACCUGGCUGAAUGGAUGGUGAACGGCUACCCCUCCGACAACGUCUGGCCCUUGGACCUGAAGCGCUUUGGCGCCUUGCAGAGCAGCCGCACCUUCCUCCGCCAUCGGGUCAUGGAAGUAAUGCCCCUGAUCUAUGACCUGAAAGUUCCACGCUGGGAUUUCCAGACUGGCCGGCAGCUGCGCACGUCACCCCUCUAUGACCGGCUGGAUGCACAAGGAGCUCGGUGGAUGGAGAAGCAUGGGUUCGAGAGGGCCAAGUACUUUGUGCCACCUGGGAAAGAUUUGCUGGCCCUGGAUCAGAGCAAGACUUUCUACAAGCCGGACUGGUUUGACAUCGUGGGGGCAGAGGUCAAGUGCUGCAAGGAGGCCGUGUGUGUCAUCGAUAUGUCCUCGUUCACCAAGUUUGAAAUCAGCUCCACAGGGGACCAGGCUCUGGAAAUUCUGCAGUAUCUCUUCUCCAAUGACCUGGACGUACCUGUCGGACACAUUGUGCACACGGGGAUGCUUAAUCACAGUGGCGGGUAUGAGAACGAUUGCAGCAUCGUGCGCCUGAACAAACGCAGCUUCUUCAUGAUCUCCCCUACCGACCAGCAAGUUCACUGCUGGUCCUGGCUGAAGAAACACAUGCCGGAGGACAGCAGCGUGCUCUUGGAGGACGUGACCUGGAAAUACACAGCUCUGAAUCUGAUUGGCCCUCGUGCCGUAGACGUCCUCUCGGAACUCUCCUAUGCACCAAUGAGUCCGGAGCAUUUCCCCUCUCUCUUUUGCAAGGAGAUGAGCGUGGGUUACGCCAAUGGCAUCCGCGUCAUGAGCAUGACGCACACAGGGGAGCCAGGAUUCAUGCUGUACAUCCCCAUUGAGUACGCUUUGCACGUGUACAACGAAGUGAUGAGCGUGGGGCAGAAGUACGGGAUCCGGAACUCCGGCUAUUAUGCCCUCCGCAGCUUACGCAUCGAGAAGUUUUUUGCCUUCUGGGGCCAAGACCUGGAUGCUUUCACCACUCCCUUAGAAUGUGGGCGCGAGUUCCGGGUGAAACUCGAGAAGGGCACUGACUUCAUUGGGCGGGAGGCGCUGAUGCGCCAGAAGCAGGAAGGGGUCUACAAGCGCUUCACCAUGUUCAUCCUCGACGAUCACGACACUGACCUGGACCUGUGGCCCUGGUGGGGGGAGCCCAUCUACCGGAACGGACACUACGUGGGCCAGACUACCAGCAGUGCCUACAGCUACACCCUCGAACGGCACGUCUGCCUGGGUUUUGUGCACAACCUGGAAACGGGCGAGGAGCAGCUGGUGACGCCCGACUUUGUCAACCGGGGCGAGUACGAGAUUGAGAUCGCUGGGCAGCGCUUCCAGGCCAAGGCGAAGCUCUACCCCUUCAGCUCCCUUUUCACGCCACGCCGGCGCAAGGACGAAAUGGAGUUCAGCGGUUACCAGGGGAAGUGA